CAUCCCGGCUGCCAUUUCUCCUCCCACAACCAUUUCCAUUUUGUUUUAAAGGGAAAAUGGCUCUAUCCACCAUUCAGAAAGUGGCCUCAUUCUCCUGUCUGGUGCUGUGUGUUUCUCUGCUUCUGCCCAAAACCUUUUUAUCCCGAGGGAAGCAGCCGGGGCAGCCGGAGGGUAGUCACUUUCCUUCAGGUGUACAUCAUUCUAAACCGAAUGAUGGCCGGACUGCAGGAUCCUUUUUCCCAAGAUCUCAUUUAUCGGAAGCCGUGGCCAAAGCUAAGGGCGGUAAUGGAGCCGGAGGUAGCUCCAGGCAGAGUCUCGUUGGACAAAUUAUACCAAUAUACGGAUUUGGAAUUUUACUCUACAUUUUGUACAUUCUGUUUAAGCUUUCAUCCAAAGGAAAGAGCCCCAAAUUUGAGCCGAAAACUCAGCCAAUUGCUAAUGGCAACCUGAAAAGGAAAAUCACUGACUAUGAGCUUAGCCAACUGCAAGGUAAACUGAGGGAGACCGAAGAAGCGAUGCAAAAAAUGAUCUCUCGCCUUGGUCCCAACACGGAGAGAUCGCAUGACGUGAAUACGGAGGAAGAGCAGCAGUUGCUGCAGAGAUUGAAAGAGAUCACUCGAGUUAUGAAGGAAGGGAAGGUCUUGGAUGGAGUGUCCCCUGAACAGGAGGCAGAAGAAGGCCCUUACAUGGAGGACUGGCAAGGUACAGGUUACCCAGAAGAGACUUAUCCCAUUUAUGAACCUUCUGAAAACAGACGUAAACACGACACAAUUCUCAUAGACCGCUCCAUGCUCAGCCAGCCCUCAGCAGAAGAAAUAGCUGAACAAAUGGAAUUUGUAGAAGAUGUUGAUCACUUGUUGGCGGGAAGCAUAGACCAGGACAAGACCUUCAACCUUUCUGAAAGUUCUGAAGCCCUCCCGCACACUAUUUUCAGUCCUCAGAAUACCCUCCUCAAUGUUGAGACAUGCUACAUGGAAGAAGAUGAGGAAGAUGACCCAGCUGUGAUUGCAGAGAAUGCUGGAUUCCAUUCAGACAGCUGUAGUGAACAAGGAGAUGUUUGCACCAACGAACUCUUGGUGGAUUCUGAAGAUGAACGAGAGAUUCCAGAGGUAGGUGACAGCCCUGGCAAUGAUGAAGUAGGCACCUUAAGGAAAAGGAAGACAGGAAAUGAAUACUGAGGAAUCCUCAGCUUCCAGUCAUAAAUGCUUGCAAUGCCUAAUGGGCCCAGUAAUGCAUUUUCUGAAGCUGCCAGUGAAAGCAUAGUGUUACGUGAUGCGAUGGCCAGUUCCUCGUGCUUGCUUUGGCCGAUCGACCAUAAACAGUCCAACAGCGUUGGCCACAGAGGAAAACGUGCUUUGCCCAAAGGUGCCAGGAGUUGAUAUAUUUCAAAGCUGCUUCAUCGUCCGUGUUACUGCGUCUGUGAAGAUCACUCGUUGUACGUACAAGCUUGCUACUUCCUGACAUUCUAAAACUGGGGCAAUCAGCAAGAACAUUCUAUCGGAUUCCAUGGUGACUGCCCUGGUCAUUUAUAGAUCUUUAUUGCAGAGUGUUAAUUUAUUUCUGUAUUUAUUUAUUUUGUAAUAUGUACACCCCUGUCCUGUGUAUAUAUAAAGUGCCAGUCUGGAUGAUGGGAUAAUAUAAUUCGUGAACACAGUAUAACACUAUUUAUCAAACACUAAUCCUGUCCAGAGUGCUUUUCUUGCACUAAUUAAAUAUUAGUUUAAGCUUAUCUUGAACACCUUGUUUAUUUUUAUACAAAAUAUUGUAUAACAUAUAUAAUGCUCUGAAUUCACACUACAUCUAUCACUAUAAAAAUGAUAGGAUAAUUGUGAAAAAAUAGUUUUUGUUUUGUUGGUUUAUUCUAAGGUAUUGUAAUAUAGAUAAUCUAUAUGGUACCUCGAUAGCACUUUAUGUCCACUAACACAUACCUUAUAAAACAUACUCACCUGAAAUGGCAACGGGUAUUAAAGUUAAAAUGUUAUCACUUGUUUUUUUGUUUUUUUUUUCCUGUAAAUAAAAGAU